CCACGCUUAAGAGAAACGGAACGGGCUAUGCACUUUAUGCCCUGCACUAGGCAUCCAUGCGUCUCAUGCGAGAAACGGAACGCAUCCGUGACCCAACCUUCCUGCUCUUGUGCUCGCACGCACGAUGUUGGUUCACAGUCUCGCCGCAUGAGGCCCUCAAAGUCAAUUCUGGAUUUGCCUCUGGCUCCUGCAGACCCAUGCAGAUCCUUAAACGCGCAAAUAAUAAUUUAUUUAAAUAUUAUAAUGAGCAAAAUAUAUAACAUCAAACAUCAUGCAUUUUUUUUAAUUUCUAUAUAAUUUAUAUCAGACUACUAUAUAUUUAAAUGAGACCAUAUUUGUUAUUGAUGUUCAUUUCACAUACACAAUACCUGUAUAAUGAUAAAAAAGAUUCUCUAUUUUGGUGUUAUUGAAUAGUAUUAUAUAUAUUAUUAUGAUGAACGACGAGUACAUAGUGAAAACUAUCCUGCAUGCAGGAACAAAAACUAUUAAUUUUAUACCAGGAACAAAGGUUAUAUUUCAUUUUAAAACUACAAAAUGUGAUUAUAACAAAACAAUAAUAGAUGAUAGUAAAGCAAUGGGAAGUCCAAUGGAACUGGUAUUAGGGAAAAAAUUUAAACUUGAAGUAUGGGAAGCAAUUGUACAAAAGAUGGCAUUAAAUGAAGUUGCUUGUUUCAAAGUACACAAGAGUCUAGUGACUGCAUACCCUUUUGUGUCUAAGACAUUAAGAGAGGCUGGCAAGCCACAAUCACAAAAACGUAACCAUCAUUGUUGUGGUGUUACUCUACAAAACGAAGGCGUCGGAUAUGCUGAUUUAAAUGAGCUUAUAAAAUAUUCUCAAGAUCUGGAAUUUACUAUAGAACUUAUUAAAGUAACUUUUCCAAAUGAAUAUGAAAAAGAAUCCUGGCAGAUGACAGAAAAUGAAAAACUUGAAAGUAUUCCAUAUUUAAAAGAAAAGGGAAAUGUUCUUUUCAAAGAGAAGAAAUAUGAUAGUGCAUCAGAAACAUAUGCAAAAGCUAUUGGAAUGUUGGAGCAACUCAUGCUGGUUGAAAAGCCAAAUGAUGAAGAAUGGCUGUCUUUAAAUAAAAUGAAGGUACCAUUACUUUUAAAUUAUGCACAAUGCAAAUUAUUAAAUAAGGAGUAUUAUUCAGUCAUCGAACAUUGUACAACAGUCUUGAAAAUGGAUCCAGAAAAUGUAAAAGCACUUUAUCGACGAGGUAAAGCGUAUAUUGGUGCGUGGGAUGAGAAAAAUGCUAUUAAAGAUUUAAAGAAGGCUGCUGAGAUAGACCCUUCCUUACAUAACCAUACUGAAAAAGAAUUACAGAUUUUUACAACAGCUAUUAAAGAAAAGGACAUUGCACAAAAAGAGAAAUUAUCGAAAUUGUUUAAAUAAAUAUAUGUAUAUGUAUAUAUAUGUGUGUGUGUAUAUAUAUAUACACACAUACUAGGUACAUACAUACACACAUGCACACAUAUGACACAUGCACUCACACACGAAUACAUUCACAUAUACACAUUCAUACUGCAAUAUUAAUCUCUAAGUAAUUGUGUUGAUUAAUUUAUAGAAAUAGACAUUUUUUUUCAUUUUAGGAGGUAACUCUAGGUUAUAGUAAAAGGUAUAUAACUCUUUACUGUAAAAUUUCUCAAUUUCUGGGAUGUAAUAUUAAUUUUGCUUUAAAGUAACCAGUAUUAUUAAUAUGUAAAGUUAAAAAUCUUCUAACAAGUAAAUUCGGGGAGCGUCAGAC